GUUAUUUUCAAUCCUUGUCGUCCAUUCACAAGCUGCAAAAUUCAAAUAAAACUCAUGUCUUUCGCUUCGAACCCUGCCAACUACACAUAAUUAUUCCUUUUCCUUUUGGAUCAUAACAUACCCCUCCCCUUCAAGGAAUCCUUGACCUCAAAGAUUAGGAUCGAAAUUGGGAAACUUAUCACGCAGAAACUGAUAAUCUUCCCAAGUUGCAUCUUCAGGUGGAAGGUGCUAGAUUACGUUGAAGAUAGCGGUCUUGAGGAGAUUGCCAACUCUUGUAAGGAACUUUAAGAGAUUAGGGUGUUCCCGUCUGAUCCAUUUUCUCCGGGACCAAAUGUAUCCUUGACAGAGCAAGGCCUGGUGGCUAUCUCAGUGGGCUGCCUUAAGGUACAGUCAGUUUUAUACUUCUGCCGCCAAAUGACAAAUGACGCGUUGGUUACUAUUGCAAGGAACCGUCCUAAUAUGAUCCGAUUUCGUUUGUGUAUUAUCGAGCCUCAAACACCUGAUUACUCAACUCUUGAACCACUUGAUGCUGGUUUCGGGGCCAUUGUGCAACACUGCAAGGAAUUGCGUCAACUUUCUCUUUCUGGCCUACUUACUGAUUGUGUGUUUGAGUACAUUGGGGUCCAUGCUAAGAAGUUAGAGAUGCUUUCCUUAGCUUUUGCAGGGGAUAGCGAUCUAGGCCUUCAUUACGUGCUCUCUGCUUGUGAGAGCCUCCGUAAGUUGGAGAUUAGAGACUGCCCCUUUGGCGACGAGGCUCUGUUGGCCAAUGCUGCAAAGCUGGAGACAACGCGAUCCCUUUGGAUGUCCAACUGUUCAGUAAGUUUUGAAGCAUGUCAGCUGCUAGCGCAGAAGUUGCCAGAGCUUAAUGUUGAAGUUAUAGACGAGAGGGGUCAUCCGGAUACGAGGCCAGAAAGUUGCCCCGCUGAGAAACUUUACAUAUACAGGACAGUGUCAGGAAGGAGGUUCUAUACACCUGGUUUUGUUUGGAUUAUUGUUGAAGAUACAUCAUCUACUCCAUGUAGCAAUGGGAAUUUCUCUCUGGCUUCUGCUUAGAAAUGACUUCAGGUAUCAGUUCCGUGCUGAUCUUUCUCCUUGUGCAGUUGCAAUACUCAUUAUGGUGGGGUUGAAGCUCGUGAGCCAUCGAUUUUACUCUUUUUUUGAGCGGCUUUGCAGAAAUUAGUCACAAAUAAUGAGUUUAAACUCUUCAUGUUGUGCUGUAUCACUAAGGACUACUAUGUAUUUUUUGGGUGGGAGGGGGCAUGUCUAACUGUAUGUCCUAUUUUGUAUCAUUCUGUAUCAGUUUAAUUUUCUGUAGUGACUUGUUCUUCUGGUAAAAUGGUGUUGUAAUAUACAUUUGGUCAUGUAUGGUUGAAUUUAGUUGUAAUUCUCUUUUAUGAUUUAUGUGAACCCUCAUUUAUUUGAGUACUGGAAUUCCAUUUGUUCAACUUCUAGAA